UUCGACACCUGGAAAAUAUUGGUAAUUAAAAUUUGCCAUGUUAGCCAGCUAAGCCGGUUCGUGGUUUGGCUCUCUGACGUUGUCUAAUAAUGUUGUAAAACAUGUUGCCAUUAAAUAAAGCGACAGACAUGGCCAAAAUAACACCCCAAAGGCAGCAGCAGCAGCAGCAACAACAACAAAAGCAGCACGAGCAGCAACAGCAGGCGUUACAUUUUAUUGACUUUAUUGACAACCCAACGAAACGAAAAAAACAUCCAAAUAAUAUUAAUAUAUACCCCUCCAUAUAUAUAUUUGUAUGUACUCGUAAUUAUCUCCCUAAGUAUCCGACAAGUACAACCACAACAAUAUCUUCCAUCUAAUACAAUACUUAAGUAGCUGUAUGUGAGCAAGUCAUUUGGGGUAAUAACACAACACUCGAAUAUAAUCAAAGUCAAGAGUAAUUUCAAGAAUUCAACUCAUGACAUUUGACCAUCUGCGAUUACAUAAAACAAUUUAAUAAACCCAUGAAAAAUCAAAAAAUGCGAUAACUGCGAACCAACUACAACUACAACAAGGGAAACAUUGGCUCAAACUCACAUGUGUGGCAAUAAAAAUUCCUUGAGUAAACACACACACAGAGAGGAGUGAGCCCAAUGAUGGGCGGACAAACUGAAGGGAACUGAAAGACAAAAGCCAUAUCAACUACGCGUGCUCGCAACUAUCUGGCGAAUGUAAUCAGCCAAAAACCAAAAGAGCAGCGAGAGGCUGAGAGCAAAGAUCCCUGAGUAGCCAGAACUCUGUCCCAGACAUAGACUCAGAGUCAGAGGCAGACUCAGCGUAAUGUUGCUUGUUAGUACUAAUGAUGGCUAACUUUCCGACAUCUUCGCUUCUUGUGCCCCAAUGAGCCAGCAGAUGCUGAAACAAAUAAAGAAAAUAAAUGGCAUGCAUAGAGCUAAUAAAACAACGAAAUUUAAAUACUCUAACUAUUUA